AUGUUCACCAGGGGUGAAUCUAAUUUCGAGAACUUUCUUGGAUGGACUUCUCCUCGUGUUUCCGUUCAUUAUCAUACUCAGACAAGAAGAUCGUCUUCUUCAUCAGAAGAAGUGAGAAGGCCUCGCAUAGGCAUCAGAGAUAUUUGGUCUGCCUAUGAAGAGUGGAGUUACUUUGGUGCUGGAGUUCCUCUUUCGCUGGAAAACAUCGACUCAAAGGUCACCCAGUACUAUGUUCCUUGACUCUCCGCCAUUCAGAUCUUCACCAUCAAACCCUUCGCUGCUGAUUCUUCUUCAAGAUCUUAUACCAACUAUAAGCAUCGGUUUCUGCAUGCUGAUCAUUUGGGUUACCUUUAUUUCCAAUAUAACGAGACAAGAAAACCGUUUGAGAGAGAUCCUCUUACUUACAAGAUUUCUGAACUAGCUGAGCAGGACAAUGGAUUGUAUAGUCUGAUGAGUUCAGAUCUUUCUCCAUAUAGCUGGAUUUCCGUAGCUUGGUAUCCCAUUUAUCAAAUUCCAUCAGUGACAAGCAGGCCGGGAUUAUCUGCCUCUUUCCUAACCUACCAUUCAUUGACACCCUACUUUCCAGGUACUUUGGUGGUCAUUUGA